AUGUCGACAGAUUUGAUGAUUGAUGCUCCAGAAAUGGAUAGCUCCCCCUUGAUAACCGCUGAAAACGUGGUUUUGGUUAGCUCCUCUAAUGUGGUUGAUGCUCCAGAAAUGGAUAGCUCCCCAUUGAUAAACGCUGAAAACGUGGUGUUGGUUAGCUCCUCUUGUGUGAUGGAUGCUCCAAGUAGUGAUAAUUCGGCGGAAUCUGUAACUGUUUCACCCGAUCGCGACCAAAACCUAUUUGUCAUUGAUAGGUUAGCGAAAUCGCAGUCAAAUGAGGAACUAAUGAUUCCAUUUAGCGAUUACGCCAACUUGGCCCGAGAAAUGGAGAAACUUAAAAAAGAGAACAGAAAGCUGCGGCGAUUGAUUCCUCGAGAACAACACUUUUCUUCUCGCUGA